UUCACUUGCAAAUCAGUGUGUGCCCACAAGAGCCAGCUCUCCCGAGCCCGUAACCUUCCCAUCCCGAGAGCUGCAGUUUCAGCCGCGGCAGGACGAACCGCAGAGCCCGCGGCCGCAGAAGCCGAGGCAAGAGCAACCUGGGCGGGUCGCAGGGUCUCCCCGGGCGCAGGAAGGCGAGCCGAGAUAUCCUCUGAGAGCCAAGCAAAGAACAUUAAGGAAGAAAGGAGAAAUGAUGCUGGAAACAGUGCAGUGAAAAAAGCCACUUCAAGGAGCAGGGUACCCACUACCCAGAGACUGGACUGUGUUAUCAGAAUGAGAACUUACCGGUACUUCUUGUUACUCUUUUGGGUUGGUCAGCCCUACCCAACUUUCUCAACCCCAUUAUCUAAGAGGACUAGUGGUUUCCCGGCAAAGAAAAGGGCCCUGGAGCUCUCUGGAAACAGCAAAAAUGAGCUGAACCGUUCGAAAAGGAGCUGGAUGUGGAAUCAGUUCUUUCUCCUGGAGGAAUAUACAGGAUCCGAUUAUCAGUACGUGGGCAAGUUACAUUCAGACCAGGAUAGAGGAGAUGGAUCACUUAAAUAUAUCCUUUCAGGAGAUGGAGCAGGAGAUCUCUUCAUUAUCAAUGAAAACACAGGGGAUAUACAAGCCACCAAGAGGCUGGACAGGGAAGAAAAACCUGUUUACAUCCUUCGAGCUCAAGCUGUAAACAGAAGGACAGGGAGGCCUGUGGAGCCCGAAUCUGAAUUCAUCAUCAAGAUCCAUGACAUCAAUGACAACGAACCAAUAUUUACCAAGGAUGUUUACACAGCCACUGUUCCCGAAAUGUCUGAUGUUGGCACAUUUGUUGUCCAAGUUACUGCAACUGAUGCUGAUGAUCCAACUUAUGGGAACAGUGCUAAAGUUGUGUAUAGUAUCCUACAGGGGCAGCCCUAUUUUUCAGUUGAAUCAGAAACAGGUAUCAUCAAGACAGCUUUGCUCAACAUGGAUCGAGAAAACAGAGAGCAGUACCAAGUGGUGAUUCAAGCCAAGGAUAUGGGUGGCCAGAUGGGGGGAUUAUCUGGGACCACCACAGUGAACAUUACGCUGACUGAUGUCAACGACAAUCCUCCCCGGUUUCCCCAGAGUACAUACCUGUUUAAGACCCCCGAAUCUUCUCCGCCUGGUACACCAAUUGGCAGGAUCAAAGCCAGCGACGCUGACACAGGAGAAAAUGCUGAAAUUGAGUACAGCAUUACAGAGGGAGAGGGGCUGGACGUGUUUGAUGUCGUCACCGACCAGGAAACCCAGGAAGGGGUCAUUACUGUCAAAAAGCUCUUGGACUUUGAAAAGAAGAAAGUGUACACCCUCAAGGUGGAAGCCUCCAAUCCUCAUGUUGAACCCCGCUUUCUCUACCUGGGUCCAUUCAAAGAUGCAGCUACAGUCAGAAUUAUGGUGGAAGAUGUGGAUGAGCCCCCCGUCUUCAGCAAACUGGCCUACAUCCUACAGAUAAGAGAAGAUGCUCAGAUAAACACGACAAUAGGCUCAGUCACAGCCCAAGAUCCAGAUGCUGCCAGGAAUCCUGUCAAGUAUUCUGUUGAUCGACACACAGAUAUGGACAGAAUAUUCAACAUUGAUUCUGGAAAUGGUUCAAUUUUUACAUCGAAACUUCUUGACCGAGAAACACUGCUGUGGCACAACAUUACAGUGAUCGCAACAGAGAUCAAUAAUCCAAAGCAAAGCAGCCGAGUCCCUCUAUAUAUUAAAGUUCUAGAUGUCAAUGACAAUGCCCCAGAAUUUGCUGAAUUCUAUGAAACCUUUGUCUGCGAAAAAGCAAAAGCAGAUCAGUUGAUUCAGACCCUACGAGCCAUUGACAAAGAUGACCCUUACAGCGGGCACCAAUUCUCCUUCUCUUUGGCCCCGGAAGCAGCCAGUGGUUCAAACUUUACCAUUCAAGACAACAAAGAUAACACGGCAGGAAUCUUAACUCGGAAAAAUGGCUACAACAGACACGAGAUGAGCACCUACCUCCUGCCCGUGGUGAUUUCAGACAACGACUACCCAGUCCAGAGCAGCACAGGGACAGUGACUGUCCGGGUCUGUGCAUGUGACCACCACGGCAACAUGCAGUCCUGCCACGCAGAGGCCCUCGUGCACCCCACGGGCCUGAGCACAGGGGCCCUGAUCGCCAUCCUUCUGUGCAUCGUGACCCUACUAGUGACAGUGGUGUUGUUUGCAGCUUUGAGGCGGCAGCGGAAAAAAGAACCUUUGAUCAUCUCCAAAGAGGACAUCAGAGACAACAUUGUCAGUUAUAAUGACGAAGGUGGUGGCGAGGAGGACACCCAGGCCUUCGAUAUUGGCACCCUGAGGAACCCCGAAGCCAUAGAGGACAGCAAAUUACGCAGGGACAUCGUGCCCGAGGCCCUUUUUCUACCCCGACGGACUCCCGCAACUCGCGACAACACUGACGUCCGGGAUUUCAUUAACCAAAGGUUAAAGGAGAAUGACACGGACCCCACCGCCCCGCCCUACGACUCCUUGGCCACCUACGCCUACGAGGGCACCGGCUCGGUGGCCGAUUCGCUGAGCUCGCUGGAGUCGGUGACCACGGAUGGCGACCAAGACUACGACUACCUUAGUGACUGGGGCCCCCGGUUCAAAAAGCUCGCAGACAUGUACGGAGGCGUGGACAGUGACAAAGACUCCUAAUGCCUUGCCUUUUGCCUUUUUCCUUUUCCAGUACGACACCGAAAAUAGGUGAAGUGGCUCUUUCUUUCUACUUUAUCCACCGCUCCGUGAAGGGUUCUCUGUUCUACCCGUUCCAAACGUCAAUGGCUGCAGCCGGUGUGGAUCCAAUGUUAGAGACUUUUUUCUAGUACACUUUUAUGAGCUUCCAAGAGGCAAAUGUUUAUUUUUUAGCGCAUCCAGUUAACCAUGUCAGCCAGCCCAACAGGCCCCGUGCUGGAGGAGAGCGCCAGGAGUGGUAUUUUCCCUCGUUCUCUUAGGGCA